AUAAUAUACAAGUGUCACUGACUGUUUGUGUGUCUGUUCGGUCACGUCGACGGCCGAAACUGACUGAUUGUGCUACUGUAAGAUGGAAGAUAAUGCUGCUGAGCAGUGUAAAUACAGAACCUCGCUCCCAGUCGCCCAAUUCAGCCGGGGGGACUUCUCCCUGUGGUCGGUGCUGAAGAAUUGCGUUGGCAAGGAGCUGUCGAAGAUCACGAUGCCGGUGGUGUUCAACGAGCCGCUGUCUUUCCUCCAGAGGAUGCUGGAGUACCUGGAGUACGCCCAUCUGCUGAGAAUGGCCUCGGAGCAGACGGAUCCGGUCUCGCGGAUGGAGUAUAUAGCGGCGUUCGCGGUGAGCGCCCUGGCCUCGAACUGGGAGCGCCUGGGCAAACCGUUCAACCCGUUGCUGGGGGAGACCUACGAGCUCGAGCGCCCAGAGUUCAGAGCCGUCUGUGAGCAGGUUUCGCAUCACCCACCCGUGUCAGCGUUCCACGCUGACAGUCCCCAUUUUGUUUUUCACGGUUCUGUUCACCCUAAACUGAAGUUCUGCGGAAAGAGUGUGGAGAUCCAGCCUAAAGGACACGUCACUGUUGAGCUACCGAGAUGGGGCGAAGCAUACACCUGGAGCAAUGUGAACUGCUGCGUCCACAACGUGAUCGUGGGCAAGCUCUGGAUCGAGCAGUACGGCAACAUGGAGGUGGUCUGCCAUGGCGGCUCCGGGCUCAGGGCCAACCUGUCCUUCAAACCAGCUGGGUUCAACAAUAGAGAUCUGCACAGGGUGGAUGGGUUCAUUCUUGAUUCUCAUAAGAAGAAGAUACGCUUCCUUUACGGCAAAUGGACAGAAUACAUCAAGAGCUGCAGCGCGUCUGCGUACGAGCAGUGGGCCAAGGAACGUGGUGAAGAAGCCACCCAGCAGACACCCUCGCACACUCCAAAGAAGGUCCUCGCCAAACUUAACAGCUUCAAAGUUGGCGCACUGAGGUCCAUGUCUGUUCAAGAUCCUGAGGAGCCUGAUAACUCGGACGAUAUACCAAAGUCAGAUGAAACGUUCAACUUCGAAAUACCUAAUUCUGUCACACUUUGGGAGGCUCGGCAGAGACCAAGCAGCAGCGCACAGUAUUAUCAGUUCACGGAAUUUGCCAUGUCCCUCAAUGAGAUGGAACGAGACAUGAAAGGUCAAUUGUGCCCCACUGACAGCAGGCUUAGACCAGAUGUGCGUCUUCUAGAACAAGGUGAUAUAGACGGGGCUGCUGCUGAGAAGACCAGGUUGGAGGAGAAACAGCGGACAGCCAGGAAACUGUUGAAGAAGAAUGCUGAUGGGUGGCAGCCAAGGUGGUUCAGUCAAGGUACAAACCCUUACACCAAACAAGAGGACUGGCUGUACAACGGCGGAUAUUGGGACCGCAAUUACGAACAACUGAAAGACGUUGACAUAUUCUAAUAUACCGUUAAAUAAUACAUAUAUAUGUUUGAAACUAGAUGGCGCUGAUCUCAAAUUUGUGCCCGCCACAGAAGUCUGUUAAGGGUUUUACAUAAACUUUUGUCCAGCUAAGGCGUUCGAUCGGCAUACAGGUACUUUUUGCGGGGUUAUUUAUGAUCAUAACAAGGCAUAUGCCUUAUCUUAUAAAUAUUU